AUGAUAGAAUAGAGUUAAAUUAUUAAAUAAAUAAAUUAGUUUUUAAGUGGAGCAAGAAAGAAAGAUAAAUUAGACAAAUCAGAAGAACUUCUUUCUUUGUUUUAGUAUGUAUGUAUAUUUUUUACAAGAAAAGAAGAAAAAAGGAAUAUAUUAAUAAAUCAAAACAAAUAUAAAAAUAUACAGAAAAAAACUAGAGACUAAAUAUAUAAAAAAUUAAAAAUGAACGACAACGACUUUUAGUUUGAAAAUAAUAUUGAUGAUUUCCAAACCCAUAUUCACAUUAGAGUCGAAUAAAGAAGAGGUAGAAAGUGUUUCACCACUGUAGAAGGUAUUCCUCCUGAGUUUGAUUAUGAAAAGAUUAUGAAAUACUGGAAAAAGUGGUUGUCUUGUAACGCUACUAUUGUUGAAGAAGAUGAAGGAAAAAAAGUAAUUAAGCUUAAUGGUGACCACAGAAAUUAAAUCCAAUAAUUCUUGAGUGAAGAAGGUAUUGCUGCUGUUGAUAACAUUACUAUCCACGGUAUCUGA